AUUAACUCAAAACACCUGCCAAGGUUUCCUGAGUCUUUAAACGGUCCCUCAUUCUGGUUCACAGGCUGCACAAUCAUGGAGAAGACUGCUGACUAGAUAGAUGUCCAGAAGACAGUCAUCGACACCCUCCACAAGGAAGCUUUGAUACAUGACGCAAACGGAAACACCAAGCCGGGGCAGCGUGACGUCAGAAGGUUUAGCAACUCGCGCGCCGUGCGGAAGGAGCGGCGUGUGUUUCUUUAUUCAACUUUACAGCAAAGUCUUUAAAAAGGUAGUGAACAUGGCCUCAGACGACAUCACUCAGCUGGCUGAUAGUCUCUCAAAGACUCACGUUGGUGAUGGAGAGCUGAGCUUCAAAGGUCUGGGACUGAAGCUCGACAACGCAGAAUCAGUUAGGGAGCUGGUCACUAAGAUAGAUCAGUACCAGGGUCUUAGAGCUCUGCGCCUGGGAGGAAACACUGUGGGAGUGGAAGCAGCCAAAGCCAUUGCUAAAGCUCUUUGUAGCAAAGACCAGCUUCAGAGAUGCUACUGGAGUGAUAUGUUCACAGGAAGGCUGCGCUCUGAAAUCCCUACUGCUCUGAUGUCUUUAAGUGGUGCAUUAAUGAGCGCUGGUGCCAGGCUAACUGAACUGGACCUGAGUGAUAAUGCCUUCGGGCCUGACGGCGUCAAAGGAAUUGAGGAGCUGAUGAAGAGUGCCUCCUGUCACACACUGAGGGAACUGAGGCUCAACAAUUGUGGCAUGGGAAUAGGAGGAGGAAAGAUCUUGGCUGAAGCUCUAAUUGAGAGCCACAAAAAGUCAACAGCCCUUGGAUCCCCACUCAGGCUGAAAGUGUUCUUUGCAGGGCGAAACCGUUUGGAAAAUGAAGGCGCGAGUGCCCUGGCUAAGGCCUUUCAGCUUAUGGGGACUCUGGAGGAGAUACACAUGCCUCAGAAUGGAAUAAACUAUGCUGGUGUGAUUGCCUUAGCUUCAGCUAUCCGUGAGAACCCCGACUUACAAGUCCUAAACUUCAAUGACAACACCUUUACCAAGAGGGGGACACUGGCCAUGGCACAAGCUCUGAGGCUCCUCAGAAACGUCCAGGUAAUCAACUUUGGCGACUGUCUGGUCCGAUCCGAAGGAGCCAUUGCCCUCGCUGCCGUUUUGAGAGAAGGACUUCCAAUCCUUAGGGAGCUCAACUUGUCAUUUGGUGAGAUCACAGGGGGAGCAGCUCUUGUGGUCGCUCAGGCCGCCAUGGACAAACCUCACAUGGAGAAAGUGAAUCUGAAUGGCAACUGUUUGGGUGAGGACGGCUGUGAGGUCUUGAGAGAGGUUAUGGACAAUAUGGAUAAAGGAGACAUGCUGGCUUCACUUAGUGAGGAUGAAGGUGAACCAGAUGAUGAGGAAGACGAAGAUAGUGCUAAUGGUGAUAGCGAUGCCAGUGAUGAAUGUUAUGAGACUGAUGAGUGUGAGGAAAUUGUGAAAGACAAUGGAAUAACAGGAGGAGGAAGUCCUGAAAAACCUCAGAAACAAGCAGAAAUCCAGACUUUCCUAUGUAGCCCUACAGCAGAAAAGUUGAGUCAUAUGAAGAUGAACCUUCAGGAACAGGUUAAUGCAGCUGAACCAAACCAAGCUGCAGACAUCUUUUUGAAGAUUGGCUCCCUGUACAGCGAGGACACUGAGGCCAAAUUAGCUGUUUUUGAAAUGACUGAUGAAGUUUUGAAGAAGGUUCUCUCUGCUUCAGCUCUUCAGUCAUACUGCUUCCUCACCAGCCUGUUGGUCCUGAUGGGAGUCCUAAAGGGAGAGAGAAAAGUUAAGAAGAUGUCACUGGUCCCAGGUCAGCUGUUAUGUUUGGAGCAUGCUGUCCAGCAGGAAUAUUUCUCUCAGGACCAUGUCUCUCUGCUUCACACUCUGCUGUCCAGAAACGGUGAUGCUCUGAAGUCAUGCAGCGCUGCCAGAGAGAGGCUGUGCUCUGCUCUGGAGAACAAAUGGCACAAAUUCCACUGAUUAACUAAAGCCAGUAUAAAAACAGGGACAUAGACACACACUUUAUUUUUCCAUAUUUGAAACCAACAGGGAUACCUUCUACUUGAACUAAGGGACAAGUAAAGCCACUAUUUAUACCUUCUGAUUUGUAUAUUUUAUAAAACAUGACUGUCUAUGAUGUCUUAAUCUCUAUUUUUCUACUUUGGUUGUGAUGUAUAUUUUUAUAGAAAAUGUCCAAAUAUUAAAAAUGUUAACCUACAAAUGAAUGUUAAAACAGCACAUUCGAACGUAAGGUAGAACUAUCACGACAUGAUGUCAAGUAGGCUCAUAGUUUAGAAAACAAAUGCAAAACUAGGAUCCAGAAUCACUUUUAUCUUACUGUAAUAACAUUUUUAUAUGACUUUGUGCUGCAGAUGCGUAGUACCCUGUCUUACCUCCUAUGUGUAUGGGUUGGUGAUCAGAUGGAGCCCUUCUGUGAAAAGGGAAUAGAAUGUAAUGUUAUUUACCGUUUUGUAUAACAGAAAGCCAUAAACGUUUUUUUGAGUCUGGAUCGUCUUUGCUUACUUGGAGUUCAUUAAUACUGAAUAUUCUCUUAAAUAAACCUAAAUUGGAACAAACCUGAA